CUCAUAAUUUCUCCUGGGUGGAGCCCGGGCUAUUGGCCGGCAUGGCGAUGCCAAGACUUCCUGCCCACUACGAGUACCUCUAUGAGAAUGGCAUCCGACACCUGAUAACCCUGACAGAGCACAAGCCGCCCUAUCACGACACUUGUCCUGGUAUCACUUUACAUCGCAUUCGCAUCCUGGAUUUCUGUGCCCCCAGCCUAGAACAGAUCAAGAACUUCCUCAAGAUCGUGGAUGAUGCAAAAGCUAAGGGAGAGGCAGUCGGGGUGCACUGCUUACAUGGUUUUGGGAGGACAGGUACCAUGUUGGCUUGCUACUUGGUGAAGGUCAGGAAGAUCACCGGCGUUGAUGCCAUCAACGAGAUCCGGAGUCUACGUCGGGGCUCCAUAGAGACAACUGAGCAGGAAAAAGCCAUCAUACAGUUCCACCACCACAUCAAGUGACCUUCAUGGUGUGUCCAGUGGCCCAUUGGCUUGGAGAACCCAUGUCUCCCAUCUUUCUUCUUCAUCCUAGAGGUCAAGGAGGAACUCUAGACUUCUACUGUGUGUGUGUUUGUAUUAAAUGUAUCUCAAGUACAUCUAGAAUGUUGGCCAGUUUCUCCUGCAGUUGCCCAAAAUGGGUGACCUGCAUGGCGUGUCCAGUUACCCAUUGGCUUGAAGAACCCAUGUCUCCCGUCUUUCGUCUUCAUCCCAGAGGUCAAGGAGGAACUCUAGACUUCUACUGUGUGUGUGUUUGUAUUAAAUGUAUCUCAAGUACAUCUAGAAUGUUGGCCAGUUUCUCCUGCAGUUGCCCAAAAUGAGUGACCUGCAUGGUGUGUCCAGUUGCCCAUUGGCUUGAAGAACCCUUGUCUCUCAUUUUUCUUCUUCAUCCUAGAGGUCAAGGAGGAGCCCUAGACUUCUACUGUGUGUGUGUUUGUAUUUAAUGUAUGUCAAGUAUAUCUAGAACGUUGGUGGAUGUUGGCCAGUUUCUCCUGCAGUUGCCCACAACAGGGGAAUAGGGCAUUACAAUGGCGGAUAGCUGAGGGACCUGACCUGUGUUUCCAGUUUGGGGGACAGAAUGGGAUUUAUGUGGAACGUUAAAUGCUCAAAGCCGAUUGGGUUUCUAGAUGAGGAGCAACAUGUUCAACUGUUAAUGCUGAUACUGUAGCUCCGGAACACUAGAUUGUUCUUCAGCCAAUGUUCUGUACCAGCUGCUAGACCUUACUCUCACCCCAUAGGGGUUGGAUAUGGCUGAUUAUGUUAUGGGGGGAGGGAAAGACCAGAACCUGGAGUAGUUUGUUGACCCAAACCCACAUGUCCCUUGGGUUUCAAGACAACCCGCUUGUUGCAUGAUGGGAGCUGUAGUCCAUCAGCCACAUAGACGGAUCAUGGGUUCCAGAGCCGGCCAAUCACUUGUUGUCUUCAUAACCUCAAAUCACAGAUGUUGGUCCAAUUUCACUGGAAAAUAAACCAUAUUUAUAAA